CAUAGAUUAACAUUUCUGCAUUUGACAUUGAGAGCAUAGGCCAUAAUUUAGAUAUAUUUCUAAGAUGCAAUGCAGUUUUACAACUGCUAGAAACAUGGCUUUCUAAGGAAAGAUUGCCAACAGAUGAUGAAGAAUUGACAGAGCAGCCAUCAGGACAGCGUUCUAGGUUAUCACAUGCUGAGUUUUUAGGUCCUAUAAUUAACACCUCUGUUUUUUCAGAAUUUAGCAGUAAGAAAUUACUUGUCAUCCAGUCAUUGCGCUCGAUGUCACGGCGCUCUGGCUCCCGGUAAACAUGUCACCUGCUGGUGGUUUACUUUUAAAAGUAUAAUGUAAUUCAGUAUAUUCUACAUUUUCAUUGAAUAAAACUUCUAUAAAUUCUUUAAAAUUUUAUUGAUGUGUAAAUAUUUCAAGAAAAAUCUGUAAGCUAGACAUUUUCAGAGUCAGUACUCAAGAAGUUGUUAACCCUUUCUGAUGAUCACACCUGUUAAAACACGUUUUUGCACAUUCCAUGAGAUUAUCUUCAUUAUGAGAAUAGUUAAGAAUGAGGACCUGCGUAAAGUUGCGGCUCAAUUGCUUUAAAUUCAAAUUCUUCAAAUACCAAAUUAAGACAACACAAUAAUACCACAUCUUACUUUUUUUUAUAAGGUAAAGUAUAUUGUAUAGAAUGUAGUUGUCAUUUAGUGGAGGAAGAAUAAAAGUUAUAGACUUGGACAAUUAGUAGUUAGGAUAUUUUACUGACCUACUGUACAUAUCCUGUAUGCCACUAUUGACAUAAAUUCCAUUCCUCUUACAUUUUUGUUCUCUGGUAAAAAAAUAAGUAAAUAAUUAAACACAUAAAGGUUCCAGAAUGGAGUUUUAACACUGGUGCCACAGAAGAAGCACUCCCAAACAACCUUUCAGUAAAACAUUCUUUGACAAGAAAGAAGGAAUGAAAUGGAAAUGGAAUGGAAUUGCCCCAUGACUGUUACAGGUGAUUUCUGAAGGUGAGAACGUGGGAAGUACAGUUUUGAAGGAAACGAAACAGAAAAACAGAUCGAAUCCUGUAAAACAGGUUGUCAAUUUUCUUGUAACUGUGUAAAGGAAUACUAUCAGUGGCCUGUCCCCUUUGCUAUUUUUUUGCUAUUGUUCACUGUGAUAAAAGUACUACCUGCCUUUUGGAAAGCUGUAUAAAUUCAGUUGUGUCUAGACUUCGUUGAGUUAUUUAAGGAAAAGUCGAUUAAGUUUGUUUUUGACCCAUUUGGUUCACAUUGCCCAGAAAAAAAAAACUAAAAAACAAAAGAGGCACAGAGUGGAAUCAUUUGAUUUUCUUUCUUUUUUUGUUGAAUAUUGGGGUUCAGCCUUGUACAUUCUUGCAUCAAUAACCACGGAUUAUGAAUGAAUGACCUUCUGACUCCUCCCCUUGACUGCAGCUGCAUACCUCUGUUAACAUUCAAGAAUGAAAAACUUGUGGCUUCACCUGAAACUGAAAAACAUCAUCCUUUCUAUUUUAGCACUGGUGGUACUUAGUUUUUCUGUCACAUUUUUAACUGUAAAUGAAAGAGGAAGACAGAAAACUAGAGUGUUUGAGAGGCCACGUCUGACAGUACAAUAUAAAAUUAAUUGCACAGCCAUAUAUGAAAUGGAGCCAGUGGAAGUGGGCAAAACUUUAGCCAUUCGCAAUCAAAAAAGCUAUGUAGGGCCAACCGAUGAGGCUAUUGUGAAUUCUACCUCUGAUUGUGAUGAAUUUGUGUCACAAGGUUAUGAUGCGAUUCAAGGCACUGGGUUUGAGCAUGAAUUUCCCCUUGCAUAUUCUUUGGUUGUUCAUCAGGAUGCUCCUCUUGUGGAGAGGUUGCUGAGGGCCGUUUAUAUGCCUCAUAACAUAUACUGCAUACAUUAUGAUCUGAAGUCCUCAGAUGACUUUAUUUUAGCAAUGAAAGGUCUGGCCCGCUGCAUCCCCAACGUCUUCAUUGCCUCAAAGCUGGAGAGGGUGCAGUACGCAGGCUUCUCACGACUCAAAGCCGAUCUGAAUUGCCUGUCUGACCUCCUAGAUUCUGAGGUCAAGUGGAAGUAUGUCAUCAACCUGUGUGGUCAGGACUUUCCACUGCGGACAAACGCUGAGCUGGUGUCGGAUCUAAAAGAGCUGAAAGGCAAGAACAUGGUGGAGAGCAAGUGGCCUGGAGGAAAGCAAUGGCGCUGGACUUAUCAUCAUUUACUGAAAGAUGGUAAUUCAGAGUAUUACGGCUCACCUGUCAUCACUUCUGAAAUGAAAUCUCCACCUCCUCACAACAUAGCCAUGUUUGUGGGCAGUGCAUAUUUCACACUUUCAAGAGAAUUUGUGGUUUUUGUGAACCAGAGUUCCAUAGCCAGUGAUUUCUUGGCUUGGUCUGAGGAUACAUACUCACCUGAUGAACAUUUCUGGGCAACUAUGAUUCGUGUGUCUGGAGUACCAGGGGAAGUGCCAAGUUCUGACCCUGAAAUCUCAGAACUAGAAAGUAAAACCCGUCUGACGAAGUGGUGGUCUUUAGAAGAGAAACUUUACCCACCAUGCACUGGAGUCCGUGUGCGAGAAGUGUGUAUUUAUGGUGCUGCUGAGCUAAGAUGGCUCCUAAACUACGGCCACUGGUUUGCUAAUAAAGUGGAUCCAAAAGUGGAUCCUGUUCUUAUGGAAUGUUUAGAAGAAAAACUUGCAGAAAAACGUGUGCAGAGAGAAGUAUAAAUAAUGCAUUCUCAGUCUGGAGAUCAAUACUGGACGUCAGGUUGUGUGAUGUAAGUUAUUCUCUGACGCCACCUGCUGUGAACAAAAGAAUGGAGCAUGCGUUGGUUCAUCAAUGAAAUAUUGCAUUGUUUACCAUAUUACCUGUGCAAAAUAGCUACAAAUUCAAAUAAUCGCUUUAAGUAAAAAAAAAAAAAUUGUUUUUAAAUCUAAAUAAUACCUUGUCCUAAAUCUUGUGUCCGUUGGAAAUCAAGCUCCAGUUUUAAGAAUAUUUAUUUGUAUGUUUGAAAGAGACUUUUAAAAUUAUCAUUAUUAUUAUUAUUAUUAUUAGGAUUUGUUAUUGUUAUCACGGCUAUCAUGGCUUUAAGUUCAAUAAAUACAAAUGUUAACCCAAUGGAAAAAAGAAGUAAGUCCUCUGUUACCAUCUGUUUCAUAUGCAUAGUUUUAACUUAACGCAGCGACAUUAAACAAUUUU